AUCUCCAACACUAUUUUUUUUCACAUUGUAAAAGGGGAAAUAAAAUAAAAUAGAGGAUGGAAAAUUUUUGUGGUGCUAGCUUUGGUAAGAUGAUGAAUACGGCAAGGCCUUAUUUGCUAACUGUGGGAUUGCAAUUUGGGAUGGCAGGGACGUACCUCUUCACCAUGGCUAGCCUUAACCAUGGAAUGAAUCGUUUGGUGUUCAUUGUUUAUCGCAAUGCCAUCGCUGCAUUGUCCCUUGCCCCUUUUGCAUUGAUUUUUGAAAGGAAAGUGAGGCCAAAGAUGACAAUCUCUGUAUUCUUCCAGAUAGUGGCUCUUGGAUUUCUAGAGCCGGUGAUUGAUCAAGGGUUCACUUUCUUGGGGAUGCAAUACACUUCAGCUUCAUUUGCAUCAGCUGUUAUGAACGCGGUGCCCUCUGUCACCUUCGUGCUUGCAGUGCUUCUCAGGAUCGAGCGCAUAAAAAUAAAGGAGAUAAGGAGUCAAGCAAAAUUGCUUGGAACCUUAGUAACUUUUGCAGGGGCUAUGCUGAUGACGCUUUACAAAGGCCCUGCAUUCAACUUGUUUCAUUCAUCAAACACGAUGCAUCAGAAUGCUCAAAGUCACUCUCUUGAUUCUCACAAAAACUGGAUCACCGGCACACUUUUCAUAUUCCUUGGUUGUAUUGCUUGGUCUUGUUUCUACAUUUUGCAGUCCAUAACAGUGAGAAGGUACCCAGCAGAACUAUCACUAUCAUCGUUGAUAUGCUUGGCGGGUACUUUUGAAAGUGCAGUGGUUGCUCUCAUUUCAGAUCAUCGCCCUCAAGCGUGGGCAAUUGGCUGGAACUACACCCUCUACGGUCCUCUCUACACUGGAAUAGUGAGUUCAGGAAUUGCAUAUUAUAUACAAGCGUUAGUAAUGCAAAGCAGAGGACCAGUGUUUGUAACGUCUUUUAAUCCGCUUUGCAUGAUCAUCGUUGCUGCUUUGGGAUCCUUCCUACUAGGAGAACAGCUCCACCUUGGAAGCAUUAUUGGAGGCAUUAUAAUCGCAGUAGGGCUUUACUCUGUGGUGUGGGGUAAAGGAAAAGACUACACAGACCUCACAACAUCAUCAACAACAAUAAAGGAAACUGAAACUCAGCAGCUUCCAAUUACCUCACCAACUGAAAAAUAAGUGAAGACAGAACUUAUACUGAAUAGAGAGUGUAUAAUUUUGAAGGAAAGUGACAAAGUUACUUCACCCCUUCGUUUUCAUCACUUGGAACGAUGGUUGUGUUUUAGUGUGUGCAAAUUAUAUAUUAACCAUGUUAAGUUAAAAAAUAUGACUUCGUUUCUUUAUCAAUAUUAGAUCGACUGUUCUGUUGUACUGUUUAAAUCAUUCAAAAGUUGAAGUGUUUAGUGAAUAUGCAAUUUUAUUUUCAUUUUA